CAGCCGCUCAGGUGACAGGGAGGAAAGAGCACUCUCAGGCGAAGCAAUAAAGAAAGAGAAGACACAGGUGAGAGAGGCGGAGGGGGAAGGAGAGGACAGCAGGUACGUGAACAAAGGAGGAGGGGGAGGCAGAGGGAAAGCAGGCUGUAAACAAAUGAGCCGAGGAUAAAGUGAGACACACCUCGAGUCAGGUUGAAGCUGUCGGACAACUGAAAUAGCCAGACAGGACUCUGCGUUCCUCUGAUAGAUACUUUGAAACAUUGUAAGAGUAGCAAGGAAAGAAAGAGUUGAAGAAUGCUCAGAGAUGGAGGCGUGUGAAAACAGCAACAUCACCGGGUGAAAGACUGACCAACAAGAGAAGAGAAGAGACUCUACAAAGCUCUGUGAGGAUUCAUCGAGCAGCUUUGGACACCUUCCUUCCACCUCUCCAUCAUGGCCUCUCUGGGGAUUCAGAUGCUGGCCAGCGCCCUGUGCCUCCUGGGCUGGGCCGGGGUCAUCAUCAGCUGCAUCCUGCCCAUGUGGCGGGUCACGGCUUUUGUUGGCAGCACCAUUGUCACCUCCCAAACCAUCUGGGAGGGGAUCUGGAUGACCUGUGUGGUCCAGAGCACGGGGCAGAUGAGUUGCAAACCUUACAACUCUCUCCUCGCCCUCAGCGCAGACUUGCAGGCAGCGAGGGCUCUCACUAUCCUCGCCAUCGCUACGGGGGGCAUAGGCCUCAUUCUGGCCUUUAUUGGAGGGAAAUGCACCCGCUUUUUGGAUGAAGCAGGAGGAGGAGCUAAAGGCAAGGUGGCUGUGGUAGCAGGGGGGGUGUUAAUCGCCACAGGGCUGCUGUGUUUGAUUCCCACAUCAUGGGCAGCCGGGGCCGUUGUGAAGAAGUUCUACAGCGCCUCCAACGACGCCCAGCGGAGGGAGAUUGGUGCCAGUAUCUACAUCGGCUGGGGGGCGUCCAUUCUGCUCAUGCUGGGAGGGGGUUUGUUCGUCAGCACAGCUUGCCCUCUAAAGGCCCACAACGACGACAAAAGCCCCUCCGUCCGGUACCUGGUGGUCCGCUCCUCAAACGGGUCAGUCCCCACAGGUUCUCAUCACAGCAGAAUACCGAUAGAGAAGACUCAGCCUGUCAGGACCAUGUUUCCAAGGUCCCAAAGCUACGAGGGGGCGUCCACAAAGUCUCAGAUAUACACAAAGCCACCCUGGGAAGACGGGCCCGAGUCAGGCUCGAAGCAGCAGUCAGAGAGAUCGUGGGCACCGUCAACAAAGUCCCAGAUGAAAAGACCGGGGUCGACUAAAUCUGAGAACAGCGAGGCGCUGUCGACGAAGUCUCAGCUGAAACGAAAGAUGGAAGACAAUGUAUCAGUGAAGAGUGACAGUGAGGACGCAUCCUCAAACCCAGCGAAGACAUACCUUUAACUUUUACACACCGUGUGCACCUAAACUAACACACUACAGAAGUUUGACACAUUAAGAGUUACUUAGAAGUAGAAGCUUUCUUAUUUUAUGAGUGCUCACUAAAGAAAAACUGUCAGAAUGAUUUAGCAGAAGUUAUCUUUAUACUUUAAGAUGUUUUUUGAUGAAUGGACACAAGAAACAGGAUGUAAACAGUGGUCAAUGUGCAUGAGAAUAACAGCUUUAAUAUGCUAUGUUUUUGCACUAAGAGUCAAAUCAACGUUAAUCCAGGUGGAAGUGAAGUAUGCUCUGUCUUCUUUUUCCAGAAUGUUCUUCUUAUUAAUGUGACAAUGUGAUCCUCCACUGUUUGUACUCUCUGCACUGAAUGAGGAUGAGUCCGUCCGCAUUACCUCAGACUUUUGCUACUGCUGGACAAAUAGCAACUUUUAUUUGUGUGCAUUUUUUAAUAUUUGCCCCUUUUAAUGAGAAACUGUGUUUCUUGUUUUUGUGUGAUAAUCAACAAUGUUUCUGUGAAUAUGUUGAUUCUGGCCUCUGUCACAGCUAUACAAUGUGAUUUAAGUUUACUCCAUGCCGUUAACAGAUAUUGUUACAUUUACUUUUCA